AGAAAAGAUUACAGUCAAUGUUCAGGCCAAGACCAGAAAGCAGAAAGUGGGGGGGAGGGAAAGACGUGCUUGAUGGUGGGAUUGCUCCCUACGUGCCUCACUUGUCCAUUUGUCCCUCCCCACUGAUAUCCCCCCGGCACUUACCCUUGCAAGUGGCACAAGUGCUACAGCUGCCCCAACACCUCCUCCCUCACUACCACACAGGGCCCCAAACAGUCCUUCCAGGUGAGGCGACCCUUCACCUAUGAGUCUGUUCGGGUCAUAUACUGUGCUCUCGGUGGCCUCUUAUAUAUCGGUGAGACCCGAUGUAGAUUGGGAGACCACUUCACCAAGCACCUAUACUCCAUCCACCAGGAAAAGCGGGAUCUCCCAUUGGCCACCCAUUUAAAUUCUACUUCCCAUUCCCAUUCUGGUAUGUCUAUCCAUGGCCUCUACUGUCAUGGGAGGUCACACUCGGGUUGGAGAAACAACACCUCAUAUUCCAUCCUGGUGGCCUCCAACCUGAUGGCAUGAACAUCACUUUCUCAAACUUCCGGUAGUGCCCCACCUCCUUCACCAUUCCCCAUCCCCUUUUCCUCUCUCACCUCAUCUCCUCGCCUGCCCAUCACCUCUCCCUGGUGCUCCUCCCCUUUCCUUUCUUCCAUGACCUUCUGUCCUCUCCUAUCAGACUCCCCCCUUCUCCAGCCUUGUAUCUCUUUCACCAAUCAACUUGCCAGCUCUUUACUUCAUCCCUCCCCCUUCAGGUUUCACCUAUCACCUUUAUUACUUUAUUGUUGCCAAACAAUUGAUACUAGAGCAUACAAUCAUCACAGCGAUAUUUGAUUCUGCGUUUCGCGCUCCUUGGAAUACAAAUCAAUAGUAAAUAUAAUAAAAAUUUAAAUCAUAAAUCACAAAUUAAAAAAAUAGAAAAGGGAAAAUAAGGUAGUGCAAAAAAAACCGAGAGACAGGUCCGGAUAUUUGUAAAGUACGGGCCAGAUCCGGGUCAGCAGUCUUAUCACAGUUGGAAAGAAGCUGUUCCCAAAUCUGGAAAGAAGCCUUGUGUUUUUCUCUCUCCCUUCCCCUCACCUUUUAAAUUGACUCCUCAGCUUUUUCUCUCCUGUCCUGCAGAAGGGUCUCGGCCUGAAAUAUCAACAGUACUCUUUUCCAUAGAUGCUGCCUGGCCUGCUGAGUUCCACCAGCAUUUUGUGUGUGUUGCUUGGAUUUCCAGCAUCUGCAGAUUUUCUCUUGUUUGUUGAUGGCCAAAUUUGUGGACGAUAAAAGAUAGGAGGAGGGGCAGGUAGUACUGAGAAAGCAGAGAGGCUGCAGAAAGAUUUAGACAGAUUAGGAGAAUUAGCAGAGAGGUGGCAGAUGGAAUAAAGUGUUGGCAAGAGUUAUGCACUUUGAUAGAAAGAAUAAAAGCAUAGAUAAUUUUCUAAGCAAUGAGAAAAUUAAAAAAUCUGAAGUGCAAAGGGAUUUGUGAGUCUUUGUGCAGAUUUCCCUAAAGCUUAAUUUGCAGGUUGAAUCAGUGGUGAGGGAGGAAAAUGCAAUUUUAGCAUUAAUUUCAAGAGGACUAGACUAUAAAAGCAAGGAUGUAAUGCUGAGGCUAUAUAAGGUACUGAAGAGCAGUUUGGGGACCCUUAUUUAAGAGAGGAUGUGCUGACGUUGGAGAGGGUUCAUUGAAGGUUCAUGAGAAUGAUUCCAGGUAUGAAAGGGUUAACAUAUAAGCUGCAAGUGAAGGCUCUGGGCCUGUACUCACGAAUGUUGAAAAAUGAGGGGGGAUCUCAUUGAAACAUAUCAAAUAUUGAUAGAUCCAGACUGAGUGGAUAUGAAGAGGAUGUUUCCUUAGGUGGGGGAGUCUAGGACCAGAGGGCACAGCCUCAAGAUAGAAGAAAGUUCAUUUAGAACAGAGAUGAAGAGGAAUUUCUUCAGCCAGAGGGUGGUGAAUUUGUGGAAUUCAUUGCUGUGGAGGCUAGAUCACAGGGUGCACUUACGUCAGAGGUUGAUAGGUUCUUGAUUAGUCAGGGUGUGAAACGUGGGAAGAAGGGAGGAGAAUAGUACAUCGGUACCAAUCAUGUUCCUUCCUGUAACAAUGCAUGGCUGAUGUGUUUGAGAUGCUGGGCCCAACUCCUCAGCAUCUGGUGGAUCAGGAGCCAGGACUGUAACCCUUCCCCACAAAGCCUUUGUGUUGGCUGCACAGAGCUUCAGUGCAUUCCUCAGAUUGUACUCCUGCUCCCUGGAAUAUGCCUUUGGCAGCACUCGCUUGUGGAUAUCUCGUCAUAUUGGAAAAGCAUCUUGUUUCUGGCAGACCAAAGUGUGUCAUUCACCAAGUUGCUGAUCUUCUAGCAGCAGUUGAUGCUGGUCUCAGUACACAACGCUGAGUCUGAGAAUAUUGUUACACAGCUGCUCGUAGCAAACUUCAACAAAGGCCACUGCAUCCCUUUCCAGACACAAGCAAGGAGAUGGACAAUGAUCUCAUCUCCACAACGCAGUGAGCAUUCAGAAAAAAGCCUAACUGCAGGAAGGAUCGGCCAGGAGGGCACUGCCAGACAAGAAAGAUACUGCCUGGCCUGCUGAGUUCCUCCAGCAUUUUGUGUGUGUAUCUUGGACUUCCAGCAUCUGCAGAUUUUCUCAUGUUUGUAAUGCCUGGCUUCUUCAUCUACAAACUGUUUGUAUUUCUGGUCCCAUUUUCGGUCAUCUAUGGACAUACAAUAAAGUCAGAAUGUUCCUUAAAUCACCUUCACUUUACAUUUAUAACUGUGUUGCUAAGCACCAUUCCAAUGCCAUGUUUAAGUUAGCUGAUGACAUCACUAUUGUUGGCUGAAACAAAAGUGACGAAUCAACGUAUAGGAGGGAGACUGAAAACCUGGCCGAGUGGUGCCACAAUAACGACCUCUCACUCAACAUCAGCAAAACCAAAGAGUCAAUUACAGGAGGAGGAAACAGGAGGUCCAUGAGGCAGUCCUCAUCAGAUCAGAGGUGGAAAGGGACAGGGCACCGAGGACAUGGAUGUUGGAAACGAUGGUGCUCCCGGGGCUGAGGAUCCCGCCGCCGCGUUCCUGCACCAGCAUCACACCCAAAUCCAGGGCAUCGAGACACAGCCCGAGGGGGAAACUGCCCCGGAGCCCGACACACCGGACACCGGAGCCCGAGAGAAAACCGAUGAAGUGGAUGCUGUCCCUGGAGACUCCAGCCAGGAGAACAUUGCUGAUGUGUAUGCUGCUAUUUCUGAAGCUGAUGACCUGUACCAGGAGCCAGACAGUAUACGCAGGUGGAGAGAAGAGCAAAUGAAACACUUGGAGGCUUUAGAUGCCAACUCCCGUGAAGCGGAGCUGGAGUGGAGAGAGAAGGCUAGGAAAGAGCUGGAAGACUGGAACACACAACAGGAGGAGCAUCUGGAAGAAAUGAAAACCAAUAACAGGAUUCUAGAUGAAGCUUUCUACAAACAACCGUUCGCCGAUGUCAUUGGCUAUGUCACAAACAUCAAGCAACACUGCUACAACCUACAACAGACAGAAGACACAGCAGCAGGUGACGUCCAGGAAAUUGGCUCUGGCUCAGACUGGGAACGUGUCCUACACCUGUGCGAUUUGAACUCGAAGACCAGCAAGCCAUCCAAAGAUGUGUCCCGGAUGCGUUCUGUUCUCCUCUCUCUCAGCCAGCUACCCGUGGCUCUGAAGUAAAGCCAGAGAGUUCGGACCAAGUUUUCGUAAGAGAAAGAUUAACAUUGGCGCCGUCUGGAAGGAUCGCUGGUGUUGAAAUCUGCUCCCAUUCCUUGUCCUCUCAGGUUACCGCCUGGUGAAGGAAGGUUGUGUCCAGGAGAGGGGCUUCAUCUAUACUCAGUAACCAGGCAUUGGCUGUAUGCUUUUUGUGAAUAGUGGCUCUGCUGUUAGUGGUCUGUGUUCACUGAAUGGUGCAUUGUUUCCUUCACAGAUGUAAAUAUGGAUUAAAACUAGAUUAUAAACCAGUAUUACACUGAAGAUAAAAUAAA